AUGCGAACAGAAAUUCGUAAACACAGAACAUUGCCCAAUGAUCUGUUUCAAGAAAAAUGUUUGAUGCAAGAUGACUUUUUGGAGCAAGGUGAUGAAGAUGCUUUUAAUGAGAAGAUCAAAGUGGUGGACUCCAUUAAACCUGCGGCUCCUCCCUCGUCUUGGUCUCUUCGUUAUACCACUCAAUUGGCACUGCCACCAAGGCUCAAUCUCAUUUCAAACCAUGAUUUCAUAUUACGCCCCUCUCAUCCGUCACAAGAGCAAGAUUUUGAUUCUGCCUCGUCUACCUGCUCCUCCUCUUCAUGCAACAGAUUCAACCAACAAGACAGUGAUUGCGAGGAAAAUGAACACAAUUAUGUGUAUGGCAGUUCCGACUCGUAUUCAAUGACACUUCAAAAGCUAUCUGGUAUAUCCUUUGAAGGCGAUCAUCAUAAUAAAACUAGAACCACCACAGCAGUUCUCAUAACUUUAUCACCUUGUGCUUUAGCAGCUGCCAAUGCUGCUCGACAGAAAAGACAAAAGAUCCGCACAUUUCAUCACUAA